UAAUCCCUCACGGGUUUUCACCGAGCAGCGGUUUUUUUUUUUGGUCUGCCUGACUGCUUUGCUCGUUCGUCCUUGACUUCGAACAAGAGAACACGCCAUGAAAGAGGUUUAAUUUUUCUGCACGAUCGCUUCUUUUCAGAUUUUAGUUCCGAUUUCGCCUCUCUUCGACUCGGCUUUCUCUGCAACUUCUCGGCAAGUUUUGAUAUGUUAGCUUGAAUAGAAUGGAUUUGGAAGUAAUGAGUUGUGACAUCAAAGCUAAUGAUAAGAGAAAAGAGUCGAGGCGAGUAUGGACCAAAGCUGAAGAAGCUGUAUUGUUGAACAUAUUAGACUCCAUAAUCCUUGAGGGUGGUCGAACUGAAAAUGGUUCCUUCAAGCCAGGUACUUACAUACAAAUUGAAAAGGCAUUGACAAAAGUUUUGCCAAGGUCUGGCUUGAAAGCUUCUCCGCAUAUUGACUCGAAGAUGAGAAAAUGGAAGAAGCAAUAUGGCAUAAUUCUUGACAUGUUGAACACGAACGGGUUCAAAUGGAAUGACGCAAAAAAAUGUGUGGUGGUUGAUAGUGAAUCUACUUGGGAGUCUUAUGUUCAAUCUCACAUGCAGGCUAGAAAAUGGAGAAACAAGCCAUUCCCCAUAUAUGAGAGGUUGAUCAAUAUAUUCGGAAUGCAUCAUGCAAGUAGAUGUGGGGCAGCAACACCUGGUGAAAUGGUGGAAGAGAUAAAUUUAGACAAGGUCAAUGGUGAUGCCCUUGAAGUUAAUGGUGGUUGUUCUCCCGAGUCAAUCGCCCCACCUAGUAGUACCCAACAUUCGAUGGGAUCUCAGUCUGAAAUUUUUAGUAAAAGAAGGAGAUCAAGAGAUGAACUCAUUGUUGCAAUAAAAGAGAUUGCUACAUCAUUUGAGCGUGCAUAUUCUCGGUCGGUUGAACUCAUGGAUAAGUUAGUUGAGCAUUUAGUUUAUGACAAAGAAGAUAGGAGUGACAUUGCUGAUGAGCUUGCUACUAUGGGACUUACCGAGGAUGAUGAAUUUGAUGCAUUAACGCUUAUACUUGGUAAUUCAUCUAAUAUUUCAGCAUUCAAAUCUUUAAGAGGUGACCGCAAAGUAGCAUUUGUAAAAAGGCUUUUAAGGAAGAGAGCAUGUACUUGACUUGAAUUAGUGAAUGUUUAGCAAUGAAUUAGUGUUGACACA